CUCUGCCUCUGUACCACUUCUUUCUUAGCGUGUCUCAAUGGAGAAUGACAACCUGGCUGCAGAGAGAGAGCGAAUGCUUUUGGAAGAACUGAAAUCAUUGGGACAACAUCCUAUUCCUGGAAAAGAGAGGCUCUUCCGUGAGCUACAGAACAGCAGCACACAAACAGAGAAUGAAAAUGAAAACCAAAACGAUGUGAGAGAGGAAAUCUCUGAGAAUGAAGAUGAAGGAAGAAAGCCGGAUGAAGUAUCUUCAGCUCUGCUUUCUCAAGAAAGGUGCUUAGAACUGUUAAUUAAGAAAAUACUCCUUAAAAAAAAAGAAAAG